AAAAAAAUUAUUAAAAAAAAAUUCCUCAUUAUUUUUACGUGGUUUUCCUUUAAACUUCUUCACACUCACACCCUCCUCUCGCUGGAAGCCUACUCCGAAUCCUCCAUUUAAGCGGCGUCGAGGAUGGGUGAGACAAAGCGAAAGGCGGAAUCUUUGCUGCCCUGCUCUACAAAGAAGAAGUUAAAUAGGGAUGGGGUAGUUGCUAUAGGAGACGAGGAAGAACGUGUCGAAAAAGAGUCAAAUUCCAUACAACAGCUUAGUCAACCAACGACAAUGGAUGAAGUGAGUGAUGAGGAUGAGGUAAAUAUAUGUGGCAUUCCUUUGAUUAUUCCUACUUGUAAGGAUGCAGGAGGAGCAAGCGUAACGUUUGUUCUUGAAAGAGCUUCUUUGACCCUUGCUAAUGUUGGCAAAAGAUACCAAAUACUGUCUUCAAAUGAUCAUGCUGAUUAUUUACGAAAGAAGAAAAUGAAUCCUUACAUUUACAGGCCUGAUAUAGUCCAUCAGGCACUCUGUAGUAUCAUGGAUAGUCGAAUUCGUAAGGUUGGUAGGCUGAAAGCAGUGUACAUCCAGACAGAAGAUGGAGUUCUGAUAAAAGUAGAACCAAAUGUUCAGAUACCAAGGCAAUUAGAAAGUUUCUGUGAUAUGAUGGCUGAAUUAUUGCAAACACUCCGCAUCAAAGCCAAGGGUAGCCGUAAACAGGUUCUGCGUGUGGUGGCCAAUCCUGUAACAAAGUAUUUAUCUCCCACGUCACAUAAGAUAGGCCUUUCAUUCAGCUCAGAGAAGGCUGUUGAACUACGAAAGUAUGUUAGUGGAAUCAAUAGCAAUGAAGACGUUGUGUUUGUGGUCGGUGUGAUGGCGCGUGGUAAUAUUGAAUGUGAUUACAUUUAGGACCUUGUAUCAGUCUCGCCUGAACACUUAUCUUCUGGGACCUGUUUGCAUAAAAUAUGCAAUGCAAUGGAGAGGAGAUGGAGCGUACUUUGAAGUUGAAGGUGCAAUCCUAACUGUUUUUUAGACGGCGUAUAUAAGUGGUCAGAAUAAUAACUCAUCUCUAACAUGCAUUCAAUCUUAUUCUGUGCUAUACUACUUGUAAGAAGUACUCCAAUUCAUUACAUACAGCACUGGUUUCUGCAUGAUUAAUUGAAAUUGCAGUUUGAUGAA